GGCAGCGCGCGAGCGAGCGAGCGAGCGAGCCCAGCGAGACAGGGAGAGCGCAAGGGAGAGCGCACACGCACACACCCGCGCGCACUUGCUCGCGCACAGACCCGCGGGGACAGCUCGGAAGUCACCAGGUUCCAUGGACGAGAUGCUGCUGCUGGCGAGAUGUCUGCUCGUGGUCCUGGUCUCCUCGCUGCUGGUGUGCUCGGGGCUGGCGUGCGGACCCGGCAGGGGAUUUGGCAAGAGGCGCCACCCCAAAAAGCUGACCCCUUUAGCCUACAAGCAGUUUAUUCCCAAUGUGGCUGAGAAGACCCUGGGGGCCAGCGGCAGAUAUGAAGGGAAGAUCUCCAGAAACUCUGAGCGAUUUAAGGAACUCACCCCCAAUUACAACCCCGACAUCAUAUUUAAGGAUGAAGAAAACACGGGAGCAGACAGGCUGAUGACUCAGAGGUGUAAGGACAAGUUGAAUGCCUUAGCCAUCUCUGUGAUGAACCAGUGGCCAGGAGUGAAGCUGCGGGUGACUGAGGGCUGGGACGAGGAUGGCCACCACUCGGAGGAGUCACUGCACUAUGAGGGUCGUGCUGUGGACAUCACCACAUCCGACCGUGACCGGAGCAAAUAUGGCAUGCUGGCCCGCCUGGCUGUGGAGGCCGGCUUUGACUGGGUGUACUAUGAGUCCAAGGCCCAUAUCCACUGCUCCGUGAAAGCAGAGAACUCAGUGGCGGCUAAAUCCGGCGGCUGCUUCCCUGGCUCAGCCACGGUGCACCUGGAGCAGGGUGGCACCAAGCUGGUGAAGGACUUGCGUCCCGGGGACCGCGUGCUGGCGGCUGACGACCAGGGCAGGCUGCUCUACAGCGACUUCCUCACCUUCCUGGACCGCGACGACGGCGCCAAAAAGGUUUUCUACGUGAUCGAGACGCGGGAGCCGCGCGAGCGACUGCUGCUCACCGCCGCGCACCUGCUCUUCGUCGCGCCGCACAACGACUCGGCCGGGGACCCCGAGGCGCCGUGGGGCACGGGGCUGCCGCCGGGGCGCCGGGCGCUUUUCGCCAGCCGCGUGCGUCCAGGCCAGCGUGUGUACGUGGUGGCCGAGCGCGACGGGGACCGCCGGCUCCUGCAGGCCGCGGUGCACAGCGUGACGCUGCGCGAGGAGGCCACGGGCGCUUACGCGCCGCUCACGGCGCAGGGCACCAUCCUCAUCAACAGGGUGCUGGCCUCGUGCUACGCCGUCAUCGAGGAGCAUGGCUGGGCGCACCGGGCCUUCGCGCCCUUCCGCCUGGCGCACGCGCUGCUGGCGGCGCUGGCGCCCGCGCACACGGACCGCGGCGGCGAAGGUGACGGCGGGGGCGGAGGCCGGGCCCCCCAGCCCGCGCCAGGGGCGGCUGAGGCGCCAGGGGCGGCGGCCACCACGGGCAUCCACUGGUACUCCCAGCUGCUCUACCAAAUUGGCACCUGGCUGUUGGACAGCGAGGCCCUGCACCCGCUGGGCAUGGCGGUCAAGUCCAGCUGAAGUCCAGGCGGACGGGAGGGGCGGGGGCGGGGCGCGGGAAGCGACAGCGAGAUAAAGCAAACGACACACGGGAAACGCGCACGGAAUGAGACUUUUAAUUAUAAUAAUAAUUAAUAAUAAUAAUAAAGUAGGACAGUCCAAAGUAGAGACUAUAAGGAAACAGAGACCACGGGGAGCUUUGUUGUUGUGUUUAGUUUAUAUAUAUAUUUUUUGAAUUUUUUGGUUAUUGUUUUAUUUUGGUUAUUUUUCUCCUCUCCUGGCUAUUUAUUUGUUUGGUAUGAAUAGAUGUUUUAAAUAAUAUGAACCGGACCUUCAAGAGCCUUAACUAGUUUGUGUCUUGGAUAAUUUAUUAUUAUCAUGUGAACUGUACUCACGGGGGGAGAUUAUUUUGUGAGGCCAAGCAACCUGCUCAGAGUCUAUUUUUCUACGUGCCCCUGGGCCUGAGUGUCAGAAGGCAGAAUUCUGUGCUCUCCGUCCCUCCUCUGCUAGGCUCCUGCUUUUCGGCAAGUGUAAACUAAAACAUGCUUCAUGGGGGUCCACAAAUUAUAUUUUUAUACACAGAAUUGUAAAUUAGAUUUUUGAGAGAUCAAUACUUAAUGACAUUUCAUUUUUUGAAAUAGUGUAAAAAUAUGAAAUAUAUUAUUUUAAUUUAACUAG